CGACGAUGAAAGGUGGAGUAUGGUGCAUGCCAUGGGGCGUGGUGAUUGAUUUGAUGUGAAGAGAAGAAACCAGUCUGCUUCCAUAGAAUCGUAAGCUCGGCUGGAUUUGUGUGGUUUACGGGGACUCUAGAUCUGGAGGAAAGACGCCUCUUUUUUUAUAUGGGCUUCGCCGGAACGAAGCGCAAAGGAGCCCCCUUAGCGUCGCCCGCCGUCUGCGCUGCCCGUCCUUGCAAUUCCUCAUCUGGGGCACCGGCGGCGGCGAUGGGGGGCUCCUCAUCUGGUGCAUCAGCUGCGAUGGAGGAUUGGAGGGAUUGGGCGUUGCUACUCCCGGAUCUGAAGGAAGUCAUCGCGGCACGCGUCCUGGCGGCGGACGUUGUGGACUACAUGUCGAUGCGCGCCGUAUGCACGAGCUGGCGCGCGUCUGCGCCCUGUCCGCGCGACCCCACCCUCCGCGACGCGCGUCUCUGGCCGCGCGGCUGGGUCGCGCUCUGCGACGGCGACGGCGUGCGCCCAGCCGACGCAUGCGAGGUCGCCUUCCUCCAAACUGCCACCGGCAGAUGCGUUCGCGCCCGCCUGCCGGAGCUGCGCGGUUACCGAAUCGUCGGCUUCACUGACGGCCUCCUCAUCCUGCUCAACAAGGACACCACGGCCGUUCGCGUCCUGCACCCCUUCACCCGCGUCGCCGUGGACCUCCCGCCCAUUGCCGCUAUCUUCAACUACAUGGUCAAGAACCAACAGUCCAGAGCCUGGAUGAGAGCUGCAGUGUGCAUGUCACAGUCAUCCGAUUCGAUUGCUGUAGUGGCAUGGUUUCCCAAUUCACCAGGGGUGGUGGUGAGCGAGCCUAGCUUCCCGUGCUGGUACAUCAUCAACCACAACAUUCAGCUCGCCGCUGCUGUUUCCUUCCAGGGCAGUGUAUAUGGUGUCAUUAGCAACGAGAGGCAGGUCGUACAGGUCUACCCUCAAUGUCUGAAACCUUGUAUUGCUCGUAUCCCCAACACAUUUGGCAUUCCUCAAACACAUUUGUUCUUCCUAGUGGAGUCCGCUACACGUUUGAUUCUUGUGCUUAGGCACUUUAACUUUGAAAAUAGUGUAGCGGGGUAUCGGCCUUGUGAGUUUGCCUUGUUUGAGGUUGACACAGCUGAUGAGCACAGGAGGCUUAAUCCACUGAGCAGCCUUGGUGACCAAGCUUUGUUUAUUAGCCGUGACCGUUGCCUUUCUGUGUCUCACAACAACCUGCAUUCUAUCACUGGCAAUGCCAUUUACUUCUACUCUGAAGAUCUCUAUCCCAUUAUUAUGUACUCUGUCAGCAGCGGCACAUGUGAGAUGAUAUCAACGUUGUCCAUCAUCCAUAACUUUAAAAAGAAGAUUCGUCCAUCUGUGCGACCUUUUACACUUGUUGAUCAUCUAUUCACCUUUUGCAACCAUCGCCACUGGUCAAGUGGACUCAUGUUUCAUGAAUACCAUUGCAUACCUAGGAGUUGGAAGGCUAUUUUUAAGAAACUCAAAGCCCAAGAUUGUGAAGUUCAGGUUAAAAGCUUGGAGGGUUCAAGGUUGACGAAUAAUACUAGCUUGUCCACCUUGAGGGCUUCUUAUAACAAGAAUUACCAUCCUUCACCCUCUUCCCUUGACUGAUGCCUAUUAGAAAAAAAAAAAAACAAAGUCAUAGUUCGCAGAAGACAAGAUGGGUGAAUGGGAUGAUUUGCUGAGUUGAGGAGUUCUCUGAUGAAAUUUUGCCAGUGUCACUCACCUUUAUGCUCAACUAGAUUUUUCUCUAUUCUGGUGUAGGCGAUGCUGAUGCUUCAGGGGAACUAAUGUUUUGUUCAAUUAGCCCAUUGCUAUCGUGGAUCAAACAAGAUCUUAAAAUUAAUGUAUCCCUUCUAGUACACUCAAGUCUAGCAGGUCCCUAAACUCUCAA